AUGGCAGCUCCGACCUGUGCCGCGGUCCAGCCAGAGUUUGUAAAUUGGCUUGGAGGUAUUUCCGAUGCAGAUGAUGAAGAUAAAAAAGAUGGCGUUGAUAAGAAAGUUCCUGGGGCGUCGCUCACGGUGCUGUGGGUUGAAAAUUGUGAUGGUAUUCGCACAACCAAGUCAAUUGACAGUGUGGAGUGCCAUGAUAUUGAUACAGGUCUGGAAUGGGUUCGUAACCUGAAGUCACUUGUGUCACUUUCUGUUCGCGAGUGCCGCAAUAUUGAUGCCAACGUCGUCGAAGAAGCAAACAAGCUGCUCUGGCAGAUCCCAGAGCUAUACUUGCCUCGCUCAAUUGGCCCAGCCCACGAGAUUCCGCUUCCAAUUGAAGUUGACCCACUUUAUAUCUGA